AUGAGGAAGAGAGACGCUGCCUUCUGCCUUCUGCUUUUGCCAGUUUUUAUGACUCAAGCAGUGUAUGGACAAAGAAAGAAAGGACCAAAGCCAAACACACUGGCAAGGAAAAAUGACUUCCGGGACACCGUUUGCUUCAUAGAUGUUGUCUUUAUCUUGGACAGCUCGGAAAGCUCUAAAAUUGUCCUCUUUGAUAAUCAGAAAGCUUUUGUGGACAGCUUGAGCGAGAGGCUUUUCCAGUUGACUCCUGGUCGUUCAUUGAAGUAUGACAUCAAACUGGCAGCCCUUCAGUUUAGCAGCUCCAUCCAGAUCGACCCACCCUUGUCUUCUUGGAAGGAUCUACGCACAUUUAAGCAGCGGGUCAAAUCUUUGAGUUUAAUUGGGCAAGGUACCUUCUCUUAUUAUGCCAUUUCCAAUGCCACAAAGCUACUUAAGAGAGAAGGACGUAAAGAUGGUGUAAAAGUGGCUUUGCUGAUGACUGAUGGCAUUGAUCAUCCCAAGAGUCCAGAUGUCCAAAGCAUUUCUGAAGAUGCUAGAAUUUCAGGAAUAUCGUUUAUCACUGUGGGACUUUCCACUGUGGUCAAUGAAGCCAAACUUCGCUUGAUAUCUGGGGACUCAUCCAGUGAACCUGUUCUACUACUGAGUGAUCCAACCCUUGUAGACAAAAUCCAGGAACGCCUGGAUGUCUUAUUUGAAAGGAAGUGUGAACCCAAGAUCUGUGGAUGUGAGAAGGGCGACCCAGGCGACCCAGGGCCUCCUGGUACACAUGGAAAUCCUGGUAUCAAAGGUGAGCGAGGACCAAAAGGAAAUCCGGGUGACGCUCAGAAAGGAGAAACUGGAGAAAGAGGUCCUGGGGGAAUUCCUGGCUACAAGGGUGACAAGGGUGAACAAGGAGAAUGUGGUAAACCAGGAAUGAAAGGUGACAAAGGACUCCCGGGGCCUUAUGGACCAAAGGGACCCAGAGGAAUUCAGGGCAUUGGUGGACCUCCAGGUGAUCCAGGCCCAAGGGGAUUUCAAGGAAACAAGGGUGAGCCAGGUCCUCCUGGCCCUUAUGGUCCCCCAGGAACCCCUGGUAUUGGACAGCAAGGUGUUAAGGGAGAAAGGGGCCAGGAAGGAAGAACAGGAGCCCCAGGACCGAUUGGAGUUGGUGAACCUGGACAGCCAGGUCCUCGUGGUCCCGAGGGAACACCAGGAGAGAGGGGCCCACCAGGAGAAGGGUUUCCAGGACCAAAGGGUGAAAAGGGUUCUGAAGGACCAAUUGGCCCACAAGGAUUGCAAGGCCUGUCAAUCAAAGGGGAUAAGGGGGAUUUGGGACCUGUGGGCCCCCAGGGACCAAUGGGUGUUCCUGGUAUCGGAAGUCAAGGAGAACAAGGAAUUCAAGGUCCAAUUGGUCCACCUGGUCCACAAGGACCCCCAGGACAAGGCUUACCUGGUUCCAAGGGAGAAGUAGGCCAGAUGGGACCCACAGGCCCUAGAGGACCAAUGGGAGUUGGAGUACAGGGUCCAAAGGGGGAGCCGGGUGCCGUGGGGCUCCCGGGACAGCCUGGGGUCCCAGGAGAAGACGGAGCCUCUGGAAAGAAGGGAGAAGCUGGGCUUCCAGGAACAAGAGGCCCAGAAGGAAUACCUGGGAAAGGACAGCCAGGGCCCAAGGGCGAUGAAGGAAAGAAAGGGAGCAAAGGAAAUCAAGGACAGAGGGGAUUUCCAGGACCCGAGGGGCCAAAGGGAGAGCCGGGCAUUAUGGGCCCAUUUGGAAUGCCUGGAAUAUCAGUUCCUGGACCAGCUGGGCCUAAGGGGGAUCGAGGAGGACCUGGAAUGCCUGGUCUGAAAGGAGAACCAGGACUUUCUGUUAGAGGACCAAAGGGUGCCCAGGGUCCUCGAGGACCAGUGGGAGCUCCAGGACUAAAAGGCGAUGGUUAUCCUGGCGUGGCUGGACCUCGAGGAAUGCCAGGACCCCCUGGACCAAUGGUGCGUGGUGUAGGAGACACUGGAGCAAGGAGCUUUGUGGUGUCACGAAGCCCCAUUCGUCAGUUGCUGGUGUCAUCUCCCGAGCAGCUAGACAUUCAGAAAAUGUUUGCUUAUGGUUACAUCAUGAAGUCUACUUCUCCUCCUCUAAUAGUGGAGAGCAUGAUGACAGAAAUAAAUUGUUGCGUUCUGGUGCAGUUUGGAGCCUCAGGAGAACAAGGGGUCAGAGGCCCUCCAGGUCCUUCUGGGCCUCGGGGCAUUGGUAGCCAAGGACCGAAGGGUGACACUGGGCAGAAAGGCCUGCCUGGCCCUCCUGGUCCCCCUGGUCAUGGAUCACAAGGAAUUAAAGGGGAGCAAGGACCUCAAGGUUUUCCAGGGCCAAAGGGUACAGUGGGCCAUGGCCUUCCUGGCCAGAAGGGAGAUCAUGGAGAACGGGGUGAUGUGGGAAAGAAAGGCGAAAAAGGAGAAAUUGGAGAACCCGGAUCUCCAGGAAAGCAGGGUUUACAAGGACCGAAAGGAGACCUGGGACUUACGAAAGAAGAAAUUAUCAAACUUAUUAUUGAAAUAUGUGGUUGUGGGCCCAAAUGCAAAGAGACUCCACUGGAGUUGGUGUUUGUGAUUGACAGUUCAGAAAGUGUGGGGCCAGAGAACUUUCAGAUCAUCCAGAAUUUUGUGAAGACUCUGGCUGACCGGGUAGCCCUGGACCUUGCCACAGCCCGGAUAGGCAUCAUCAACUACAGCCACAAGGUGGAGAGAGUGGCUGGCCUGAAGCAGUUCUCCAGCAAGGAUGACUUCAAGCUAGAGGUGGACAACAUGCAAUACCUGGGGGAAGGCACCUACACGGCCAGUGCUCUUCAAACAGCCAACGAUAUGUUCAAGGAGGCAAGGCCGGGAGUAAAGAAGGUGGCCUUGGUGAUCACUGAUGGACAGACAGAUUCCCGAGAUAAAAAGAAGCUGGCAGAGGUGGUGAAGGAUGCCAAGGACUCAGACGUGGAAAUAUUCGUGAUUGGAGUGGUGAAGAAAGAUGAUCCCAACUUCGAAAUUUUUCACCAGGAAAUGAAUCUCAUUGCGACUGACGCAGAACAUGUUUAUCAGUUCGAUGACUUCUUUACCCUGCAAGAUACUCUGAAGCAAAAAUUGUCUCAAAAAAUUUGUGAGGAUUUUGAUUCCUAUCUCAUUCAAGUAUUUGGAUCAUCAUCCCUUCAAUCUGGAUUUGGGACGUCAGGCCAAGAGCUCGACACAUCCACUCCAAAGCCCACAGAAGAAGCUUCUGAGUCGUUUAAUGUCUCUAGAGGCCAGAAUGAAGAGAUUGAACCUUCCGUGUUGACUGAGGCUGGUAACUUGGCUCUCCCUACCCCACCUGAGACCACCACAUUUGAGCCAUUGUUCAGCAGCCCUGAGGAUUUCUCCCUAGACCCAAGAUGCGGGGAAGCCCUGAAACCUGGAAACUGUGGAGACUAUGUAGUUCGAUGGUAUUAUGACAAACAAGUCAACUCUUGUGCUCGCUUUUGGUUCAGCGGCUGCAACGGCUCCGGAAACAGAUUCCACAGUGAAAAGGAAUGCCAAGAAACCUGCAUUAAAUGA